UGUGUUGGUACCUUCUCCUAUCUCCUAUCUUUAGGCAGUUGAAACUCACCACCCAAAAUCUUGAAAUGUGAAACAAAUCUCCACACAAACCAACCUCCACUGAGAGAAGGUCAUGAUCUUCUGAGACCGGUUCAAUCAUUGAUCUCCAAGGUCAUGAUCUUCUUCUAUCCAUUAUUCAUUUUGAAUUGAAUAAGAACAAAAAAAAGUACUAAUUAUGGCCAAACGUACAUUCAAGUGCUUUGUAGAACAAGAACUAGGACGGUUUGCUCACUUCUUGAUCUACGCUGUCCUCGAAUGGUUGCUAAUCAUUUUGCUUUUCAUUGAUGGGUUGCUUGCGUUUUUCGCCAAUGAGUUUGCCAAGUUCUUCGAAUUACGAAUCCCGUGCUUGCUCUGCACGAGGAUCGAUCACGUUCUUGUUCGCAAGAGCCCAGAUUUCUACUACAAUGAAUCUUUCUGCGAGAUCCACAAGAAGAAUGUUUCAUCUCUGGCAUAUUGUCAUGUUCACAAAAAGCUCUCAGACAUAAGACAGAUGUGUGAAGCUUGUCUUCUUUCGUUUGCGACUGAGAAGGAAUCAGACUGUGAUACGUACAAAUCCCUUGUUGGGAUUCUUCAUAAGGACAUUGAAUUGUUUGUUGAUGAUGAUCAUGAAGUUCAUUUGUCGUUGCCGGCCGGAAGGAAGGACGAUGAUACUCAAGUUGAGAAGAGUAGCGUUCACAAAUGUUAUUGUUGUGGAGAGGCAUUGAAGGUUAAAUCAUCGUAUCCCAAGGGGAAAAAUGCUGGAAUGGUUUCCCAUGCUCCUGCUCCGUCUCGACGACCGUCGUUUGCGGCUAGAAAUGACUUGGAAUUGCCCCACAUUCGAUAUACAGAGCUUAAGUUUAUGCCAGAUAACGAAUCAGAAGUCGUCGGCGAUGAGAUUAAUGCAGCAAACGCCGCAAGAGAAUACAUAAAAUCUGCGACGGUGCCACUGCUCAAGGAUGAGGACGUGAAUGAAGAUAAGACCCCAAAUUUUUAUAGAGGGAAUCGAUUUUUUGGAAUCCCGCUAUCAGAUUCUGCUACAAACAGCCCUAGGUGGGGUACUAGGCUACAAAGGAGAUCACUGCUUGAAAAGACGAGCGAGUUAUCUGCAGAACCUGUGGAAGGAGAUGGAGAAUCCAUUCUGCAUCAUUUGAAGAGACAGGUGAAGUUGGACCGCAAGUCGCUGAUGGAUUUGUACAUGGAACUGGAUGAAGAAAGAAGUGCUUCAGCGGUUGCAGCUAAUAACGCGAUGGCAAUGAUCACCCGGUUGCAGGCAGAGAAGGCUGCAGUUCAGAUGGAGGCAUUACAAUAUCAAAGAAUGAUGGAGGAGCAGGCAGAGUACGAUGAAGAAGCGCUGCAAGCAACGAAGGAUUUACUGUCAAAGAGAGAGGAAGAUAUCAAGGUUUUAGAGGCUGAACUUGAUGCUUAUAGGCUGAAAUUCGGAAACUUGAGAGAAGAUAACUCUGAUGAAGACUAUCAGGCCUACUCAUCUUAUGGUGGAAGAUCUGAAUGUCGUAGUCCAACUUUUAGUGCCUCUGAGGGAGAGAACAGUAAGGAAGAUGCUGUGUCAUUGCAGGAGGAAAAUGGAGGUGAAAACCUUGACAGAUCACAAAAUGUUCAAGCAACAACACGUCGUAAAGUUCUGCUCAAGCAUACUCACAUUUCAUCACCUAACUUGGAAGUAACCCAUGAGGAGGAAACAAUAGGGCACGGAAGUACAACCAUGCAAACACCAGAACUGUCGAAGCAGUCGCUGGAUUCUUAAAGCAUGUUUUACAGUAGAAACUAAGAAGGAUUAGUGAAAGUGAAAAAAAACAGAAGAUGCUGGUGCAUGAUUCUCAUCUCAAUAAGGAGUUUGAUAGAGUAGUGGGACACCCAUUGUUCAGUAAUUUGUUAUGUAAAUUAUUCUAUUCAAGUAUAUAGAAACCACACACUCAAUGAUAGCUCCAACUGAAAGGCAUGCCUUGUACACCAAUCUGCUUUAGCACAGAUAGAACAAGUUCACCAUUUGUUGACCCGAAUUUCUGUUCAUCUUUGAAUUGGGUACCCUCAACUACUCUGUACAGAUUGGUUACUGUAUUUUUUUUAGACAAAUUUUAUGCAAAUAAUUGGCUUCUCCUUUCAAAUGCUUUAUAACAGUUCAUAUAUGCACUAACCACACUCUGAAGAAGCUUUUACCUCAUCUAUAUUAGUUUCU